AUGGAUCACACGCGAGACCCGUGUCCUUGGGUGGCCUUGAACGAUUUCGGAGGAGCGUUUUGUAUGGGAGCAAUAGGAGGAGCAGUAUGGCACGGUGUCAAAGGCUUUCGAAAUUCCCCAUACGGCGAGAGACGGAUUGGUGCCCUCACAGCCAUCAAAGCCCGAGCGCCAGUGUUGGGAGGAAACUUCGGUGUUUGGGGAGGGUUAUUCUCGACGUUUGAUUGUGCAGUGAAAGGAAUGCGGAAGAAGGAGGAUCCAUAUAACGCCAUUAUUGCAGGUUUUUUCACGGGAGGAGCUCUGGCUAUUCGAGGAGGUGCAAAGGCUGCGAGAAACUCUGCUAUUGGAUGUGCGUGUCUGCUAGCUGUUAUAGAAGGCGUAGGAAUUGGAUUCCAGAGAAUGAUGGCAGAGAACACACGACUAGAUUUACCACCACCACCCCCACCCGCAGAAAGUGGACAGACUGGAUUCCCGGCUAUCGCAUAA